UAAUGAAUAGGAGGAGUCAUCCUGUUUCAUUGACGAAAACAACCAGAUUAAGCGUGGACGUGGUCAAGCUUGGUGCGGUGACAUCGCUCUCCCUGUCAGGUAUAAAGUGAAUCCCUGGCCCUGCUGAAAGACUCAGGUGGAGAUUUGCGAGGCUGACAAUCAAAGCCGGGAUUAGGAUCUGCUGCAGCGACGACGGCUUGCCCUAAUCCCAGCAUCUGAGAAAGGGAAGGCUGGUUGUUGCUUGGCUUUGGUUUGAGAAGCAGACGCCAAGGCGAGGAGCCCGUGAGAGGAGUACAGAGGUUUGGGGACAAGAGAGGCCCUCGUCUAGUAUCUACCAAGUCGCGGUGGUGGAGGUGGAAGUGUGGUUGAAGGCUUUUUUUCCAGAAAGGGAGGCUGUUUGUUUUGGUCAGCUGGUUGGUUGACCACCAGACUCUGAGGAGAGAAGCCUGAGAGAGGAGCUCAGAGGUGGGGGAUGAGGUGAGGACCCUCUAGUGGUGGAGAUGUUAGUGUGGGCGAAGACUUGCUUCCAGCUGCGGGGAAAAGCAAGCUGGGUGGUUGGUUGGUCGGCUGGUUGGUUGACCACCAGACUCUGAGGAGAAGAAGAGAAGACCUCAGGGGGAUAAGGCGGAAUCGUCUUCCCCUGUAGUAGUAUUACGUAGCUGUGGUGGUGUGAUCCAAAGCUGCUUUCCCUUCCCACUGGAGAGCAGCUAAGGAGGGAGGUUGGCUGAUAUCCAGCUGCGUAGAACAGCAAAGACAAGCAGGCCGGGUGGUUGGUUGGCAGGGUGGUUGGCAGCAGGGUUGUUGACCACCAGACUCUGAGGAGAAGAGAAGCCCGAGAGAGGGGAUCUCAGGAGGGGAUGAGGAAGAGGCUGUCUGCCCUUGUCUGCCCUCUUGUACUAGUAGUAGCUGUGGUGGUGUGAGGUGAGCAAAAGCUGCUUUUCCUGCACGCUGGAGAACAGCCAGAAAGGGAGUGUUGGCUGGUUGCUUGACCCAACCGGCCCUGAGGAGCAAAAAGAGAAGCCCAAGAGAGGUUGAUCUCAGUGGGGGAUAAGGGAGUCCCUCGUCAGCCCCUUGUGGAAUAGAAGCAGUGUUAGUAGUUGUGGAGGUAGUGGUGGUGUGAGAGAGUGAGUGAGUGAUAACUGUUUUUUCCAGCCCGCUGGAGAGUGGUUGCUGGAGCUUUCCCCUGGGGGCCAGCUCUUAGUGCUACCCAAGACAUUUUGUUCUGCUGAACGGGGACCCAGAGGAGAAACAGCAAACAAAGGGAAGGAGGAAGAAGAAGAAGAGGAGGAGGAGGAGGAGGUAGAGGUGGAGAUACAGGUGACUGGGGCCAGGAAGGGUGUCUGCCUGUUUGGCAAUCACAGCGUCCGCAACACUCGAUGACUGUUGUUCUCUGACCCGUCUAUUUUUGUCCCCGAGGGGGAAAGUGUCAAGAGCAGCAAAGAGAGAGAGAGAGAGAGAGCGGAAGGAGGGAGAUAGGUGAAAGGGAAAGAUUUAGAUGUAGAGAGGGCAAGGGAAGGGAGGGAGAACGAAAAAAGAUUGUGAGACAUAGAUUGUGUGUGAGAGAGAGAGAGAGAAAGAGAGACGGACAGAAUCGAGUGAGAGAACAAGCGAGAGCGACAGAGAAGAGGGAGAGAGCAAGGGAGAGAGCAAGGGAGAGAGGGGCAGUUAGUUGCAGCUGCAGGUGUUGAGAAGUCCAGGUGCCUGUGUGUGUGUGUGCAGCAGCUCUCUGUUCCAACAAUCCACCCCUCUGGUCCUCGACGGCCACCUCAGCUCUACCAGCUGCUCUCCUCUCCUCUCCUCUCCUCCACCCCUUCCUUCAUCUGUCCAUUCAUCUACCCAUCCACUCACCUGCUCUUCUCGCCUCGCUCGGUUCCCUGAGAGCGCUGUAGGAUGCUGAGGCACAAAGCCAGCUGCGAGGUCAAAGGGGCCAUCUGCGACAACAUGACGCAGCGGAUGCGAUGACAGCCGUCCACCCAUUGGACAGGCGUCCCUCCUCCAUCUCCACCUCCACCUCCACCUCCAAGUCCACGCGGGGAUCCCACUCCAAAUCCACCUCCGGCAGCAUGCGCCCCAUGGCAUCCUUCGGCCCCGGGCCCCCCCCGGCGUUUGGCCCCCUCCCCGGGACUCUGCCGUCUCAGCGAUACGCCCGCUGGAGCCGGCAGGACAGCUCCGACAUCUGCACCGAUGACGAGGGCGGUGGAGGCGGAGGAGGUGGGGGCACGCUGCGUCGGCUCUCCCCGCUGGAGAAGCUGAACCUGGAUAUGUGCCAGGACGACAAGGUGGUGCGCGAGCUCACCAUAGGACGCCGCAUCGGCUUCUACAAGGUGCGCGGCGAGAUCGGCUGCGGCAACUUCUCCCACGUCAAGCUGGGCAUCCACGCUCUCACCAGAGACAAGGUGGCCAUCAAGAUCCUGGACAAGACCAAGUUGGACCAGAAGACCCAGCGGCUGCUCUCCAGGGAGAUCUCCAGCAUGGAGCGGCUGCACCACCCCAACAUCAUACGCCUCUACGAGGUGGUGGAGACCCUGACGCGUUUGCACCUGGUCAUGGAGUACGCCAGCGGCGGGGAGCUGUACACCAAGAUCAGCACCGAGGGCAAGCUCAACGACAUCGACUGCAAGAUCGUCUUCUCCCAGGUGCUAGGGGCCGUCAAACACAUGCACGACAACAACAUCAUCCACCGGGACCUGAAGGCGGAGAACGUCUUUUACACGUGCAGCACCUGUGUGAAGGUGGGCGACUUUGGCUUCAGCACGGCGGUGACGCGCCGCGAAGAGACGCUCAACACCUUCUGCGGCUCGCCGCCCUACGCAGCGCCCGAGCUCUUCCGCGACGAGCACUACACGGGCGCCUGCGUGGACGUCUGGGCGCUGGGCGUCAUGCUGUUCUUCAUGGCCACCGCCACCAUGCCCUUCCGCGCCGACACAGUGGCCAAGCUCAAGCGCUGCAUCCUGGACGGCACCUUCACGCUACCCCCCUUUGUGCCGGAGCUCUGCGGAGCCCUCAUACGGGGGAUACUUCAACCCCAGUCGGGCGACCGGCUCACCGUGGACCAGAUCAUGGGGUGCGACUGGCUGCGCCCCGUGGACUUUCCGCCGGCCGCCGAGCCCUUCAAGCUGGACCCGCUGUACCUGGUGGAGGCGGAGGCCAGCGAGCUGGAGGAGGACGAGGUGGAGGUGAAGAGGACUCUGGAGACCCUGGGCAUCACCUCGGAGCACCUGCGCAACAAUCAGGGCAAGGACUGCCGCAGCUCCAUCACGGGAGUGUACCGGAUUUUGUUGCACCGGGCGCACCGUCGCCGGGCCAUGGAGAGCAUGCCCGUGGUGACGCAUGUGGUCAGCGCUGGGAGUGGUGGCAGCGGGGGUGGUGCCAGGCGGAGUGGUUGCAACGCCCGCGCUGGUGGUGGGAACUACGCCAAAAAGGACCGCUUGAAAACCUACCGGAGCAUGAGACACACCUCCAAGCUGUGCAUCAUUCUUUGACUGAAUCUCUGCACACAGUAAAAUGUAUUUACAGUGUUAAUCCAACACUUUUGUGGUAUAAGGUAGAAUUAAAAAGUUAAUGUAGUUCUCUCUCGAGUCAGCUGAUGCUUAAAUGAGUCCUUAGGAAGUGAAGGAUGACUCUCCCGACCACUUUCGCAGUCCGUUGUCAGAAAUUCCCACCUGUAACUUUUGGCUGACUGACCCAAAUGAGUGUCAUGUCUAAAAAAAACUUUUCAUGAGAAAAUCGGAGUUUAGGCCCUGUCGUGGCUCAAACGGCGGGGCACUGCACUGUCACGCCGGAGACCCUGGUUCGAUCCCGGCCCGAGGUAAUUUCCCGCCCCUCCCCCGUGACCGUCUCUCUCUCCCACUUGCUGCCUGCCAUCUCUCAAACUUUCCUAUCAAAAAUAGAGGUGUAAAUCCCCCCCCAAAAAAUAAAAUAAAAAAUAAAAUCUGACUUCACAUACCACAGGAGACAUAUUCACAUUUGGAUAGACCAAAGGUACUCUUUGAUUAAAAAAAAUAAUCAAACCAGGAGCAGAGUUUUUCAUGACAUUGCAGAGGGCGCCUUUAACAUCUUCUAGUUUGUAUUUGGUUCCAGAGUACUCUCUAAGUGUUGAAUUAACACUGCGUUUUUUUACUGUGCAGAUGGGUUAACACUUCAUUGUCUUAAAUACAAAAACACAGAGACUGUUCUAUUUAUUUAAUUUGUAUUAUUUUUUGGAGAGUGGAAGAGAUUGUGGUGCUUGACUGAAUGUUGAAUAGUGAGUGACAUAAAUAAAAUUGUAUUUUUCAUUAAUAUGAGAAAAUAAAAAUAAUUGCCUGAUGCGGUGAGCAUGGAACUCAAUGUUGCUUAAAUACACGUUGUGUAUGAACACCAUAGAGAGUCUGUGUUGAUGCCAUAACUGUCAUGUCUUGUUCAUAUGCACUGUAUCCAAUAAAAUGCAGAAAUACAAAA